UCGCGCGCUUAUUUCACAACGCGCAGCAGGAAUACGACGGCAAGAGUCGCCGCGCGACGUCACGGGCGACGCGACGAGCCGUUAAACCUGGGGCGGUUUUGAGGUUAGGUCGCCGGCAUAGCCGCGCCGCUCCUCUCGGUCUCUUCUCCGCGACGGCCCGCGACGUGCGGUCAUCCGCGAGAAUGUGCGAGGUCGUCGUCCUCUUCGACGGAUUCUCCCGGAGAACGGACGACGGAAAUAUGCGCGCGAAUUGCAGCUGCACUCUGAUAAAGGGCCCGAAGCUGAUGGUCGUCGACACGAUGACCGCCUGGGACAGCGAGAGACUGAUAGAAGCACUCGCACAGCACAAUGUCGAGCCAAAGGACAUUGAUUAUGUCAUUUGCACUCACAGCCAUUCCGACCACAUAGGAAACAACAAUCUGUUCCUAAACGCAAUGCACAUUGUUGGUUUGACCGUUCAGCGCCGUGAUAUAUUUUACGAAACACCGCAGAUCUCGAAUGAGGAUUACGAGCUCUGUCCGGGCGUUAAAGUCACAGCUACUCCAGGACACACGGCGGAGGACGUCACUGUCCUGGUGGAAACGAUGAAGGAUAGGGAACCACGGCUUGUCGCUAUCACAGGGGACUUAUUUGAGAAAGAGGAGGAUAUUCUGGCACCGGACAUCUGGAAGUCGCUGGGAACACCGGAUUUAUUAAAAACUCAAUCUGCCACGCGCUCUCGUAUAAUAAACCUCGCAGAUUUUAUAAUACCCGGGCAUGGGCCAAUAUUUCGCGUGACGGAUAGAAUGAGAGAGAUCGUGAGCAGUCAAAUAAUUCAGUGAGACUGUAGGUAAUGUUCGGUGUUAAAAUUUUAUCGUGCUAACAAAUGUUUAUGCAGAGCUUUGCAAGAUACAAUAACGAAGAAAUGCCUAAUAGACAAGUUUCAUUUAUCCUAGUACCAUGAAUAAUUGCACGAUAUUAGAAUAAAUGGAAGUUGUUAUUGAUCUUUCUAUUAGUAUAGGAAACUCUGAUAAAAAUUUGUUUCAUUACAGUCUGUUUUGUUUCUGGUUUCGUCUCGAUUCAUCGAUUUUAAUAAGCAACUUUUCUCAAAUGGCAACCAUCUUGGUUUACUUGGAAAUUAAACUUUUAUUAAAAUCUAUACAUGCAUCUGGAAAUUAAAUUUUAAACAACAAGAAAUUGUACUUAUUUAUCAAUAAGAUUAUUCUACAAUCUAAUGAAACUUUGCUAAUUGAAGUCUUCUUCUGAAUCUCUCGUUGAUUUGCAUACAAAAAUAUAUAUAUAACAAUUUGAGCAGUUUUCCAUAUAUUACAAUUGGACGGAAAAAGCAUUUUACGAAGCACCUUCCGUUCUGCUGCUGAUUUGUUACUGAACGACACUUACAAUUAGUACAUUUUAUUUUUCCAACAUUCACCGGUCGAGCGUAUUAAAAGUAUGGAAAACACGACGAUAGCUUAGCAAAUAUAUUAGAAGAAAAGCAUAAACUGCUAGUGUCAUUCGGUAGAAAAUCUUACAACAGUUGCAAGUCUUUUCUGCUGAACCCAGCCGUUGUAAACUCACAAUCACGUUGCUAUUACAUUAUAUUUAUUAUAUAUAAUGUAACUAUUAUAUGUAUAUUUUUUUAACAUUACAUAUGCAAUAAAAUUAAAAAAAUACUUUUAUAUAUAAAUAUAAGUAAUAAACAUUACAGUGCGCAAUGCACUUUACUUCAUUUUAUUUGUUUUUAUAGUUUAAUAUAAUAUAUCGUGUA